AUUUCCCUUCUACGUGACUUUACCGAAAGAACCAAUACUAUGAAUCCCUGCAGUCACGAAAGCUUUAAAUGAAAAUUUAAUCGACAGCUGUGUCGAUGAUUUACAGAUGUCACUCGAGCUAAGACGGUCACUGCAUCGCGCACUUUCAGGUGCGCUUCCGCGGCCGUCUGGAACGCUCUUGGGCUAUCAUUUGUGGCAGCUAUGCACUUUUAUAUCAUCAUCUAGGAUCUCGAGUGACGAACUCUCUGCUUCUUUGCGGUGUGUUGUCCUUGACCCCGGCUCAUCCGAUGAGCACGGUUGGCUACAUACGGUGCAAAACGACAGUUCAGCAUUUAUACAGACACACGUAGAACAUCAUCGGCCACCCACACCGUCCUCGUCAACGUGGAACGUUGGGCCAGAAUUUGUCCCAACGUCACGACGUUGACCCCGACGUUGGCCCCGACGUUGGGCCCAACGUUGCCGCGACGUUGCCGUGGUAACACGUGCCGGGUCUGGCCGCGUUUCCCACAAGCCUCUGCGUCGCGCGGUGCACCGCUGGGCCGGGCAGGCAGCGCCGCUGGUACGCCGCCGAGGUGAAGUUUCCGUGGCGAUAGCCGAGUUGUAUAGGUAAGAAUGAUUGAAAGCUUUGGAAGCUAAACUGCAAAGUUGAAUUGAGGCUCAUCGAGGUAAAUGGAUACCAACGAUUCAGAGCCACCAUCCACAGGAAGAAGCUCAAGCCCAGGAGAGGGUGAACAGUCUCGGACAGAUGUAGGAGGAGGAAUCCGUAUUGACGCUGGUGACAUUGCUUGCAUGGAAAGAAGACGGCACCAUGUAUGUGCAUUGUGUGGCAAAGUUUACCUUAGCGACUACAAGCUGAAGAAACAUGAGAAAAUAAUGCACACAGAAGCUGUUGAGAAGUUGCACGCUUGUCCUCGGUGUGGCCGUCACUACGAGACAGACGCCCUCUUGGCUGCACACCAGCUCACACAUGCCCACGACCGGCCCUUCCAUUGUGAGCUCUGCGGCAAGAGCUACCUACAAAAGCAGGCUCUGCGCUGUCACACCAAGAGGGAGCACAGCAGCGAGCGCCCACACGGCUGCCACGAGUGCGGGAAGUCGUUUGUCCUCGCUUGGAGCCUCACGCAGCACCGCCGGCGUGUGCACGCCGCGUUUGGGACACGUCGCCCGCCCGUGCAGCAACACCCGCACGGUUGUGCGGAGUGCGGCAAGGUGUUUGCUAGCACGUGUGGGCUGGCGUGCCAUCGCGCCACCCACUCCCAAACCCGGCCACACGAAUGCGCGGAGUGCGGGAAACGUUUCAAGACGACGGAAGCUCUGUCUGGGCACGGGGCCCGGAUCCACAAUGCGCAGAGCCGCCCGUGCCUGUGCGAGGCAUGCGGAAAGGCCUUCUUAAAAGUUGCGCAGUUGAAAGCCCACGAACGCACACACACAGGUGAGAGGCCGUAUGUCUGCACAGUGUGUGGGAAGGCCUUCGCGCAGAGAAGCACCCUCGGCAGCCACGCGGCGACGCACAGCGCGACGCAGGCCUUCGUGUGCGAGGAGUGCGGCAAGAGCUUUGCGCGCGCGACGGGGCUGGCCGCUCACCGCAGAACCCACACGGGCGACUGGCGCCUCGAGUGCGGCUUCUGCGGCAAAGGCUUCUCCAACGCGGCGCUGCUCAGGACCCAUGAGCGCAAGCACACGGGCGAGCGUCCCUUCGAGUGCGACGCGUGCGGCAAGGGCUUCAAGACGAAGGGCGCCCUCAAGGAACACGGACUGACGCACACGGGGGAGCGUGGCCACGCGUGCGCGCAGUGCGGGCGCCGCUUCUCGCAGCGCUCUGCGAUGAAGCGGCACCUGCUGACCCACAGCGGCGAGCGGCCGUACGUGUGCGCGGAGUGCGGGAGGAGUUUCAGGCAGUCGCGCAGUCUGGCCGUGCACCGGCGCACGCACACGGGGGAGCGGCCGUACCCGUGCGACGAGUGCGGGAAGAGGUUCCGGGCGUCGAAGACUCUGGCGAAACAUCGACGCGUACAUGCGAGGGGAGGCAUCGGGCCAGAAAUAAUGGAGGUUGCAUCAAAGAAGCACGCGUGUCAAUUCUGCCAUGAGUCAUUCACCAGGGCUGCCUCACUGAAGAAGCACAUGCUGAAGCACGGUGAUGCUGGAGGGGAUGAGAAGGGAGAGAUGUUGAUAUUGCAAGAGAGCAGAGUGUGUGAAGAAGGAAAAGUGGCGGUUGUGUCAUCUGUGCCUGAGCUCCUCCAGGAGAGUGCAGCAUUGCAUGGACAGCAGACGUGGCUGAUUAUGGGAGACCCAGACAGCCACGGCCUCUUGGGUGGGCAGCACGUAGAGAGCCCUGUUGUGGCCCAGCAGGUGAUGUUUGUCUUGCAGUCCGGGAAUGGAAAUGUUCAGGAGACCUGGGAUGGCCUGCAACUGUUGGUGGAGAAUAGGACUGCAGUAAAUGUUCCUGUGUGUGUCACGGCACAAGACGGGCACCAUCCCUGUGGUGGUGAUCUCUGUGGUCCCACAGAGGAGCAGUUCGUGGCGGCGGAGGAGGGAAGCAAAGCGUAUGAGAUGCGUACCGAGGUGGAAGUAGAAGUCCCAGGUGGAGGUGCGUUGUGUUCAGGAGAGAACGUCCCGGAUAUUGGAGUCACCUUGAGCUACGAGCAGGUGGAGGAGUCGCAAGAAAGCCUGGCUCCAGAAGAGAACCCCGAUGCUGAGGUAGUUGGGAUGGGGUCCACAGAGGUACAAGGCUUACAGAAAGACCUUCCGCAAGAAACUCAUCCAGCAAAAGCCUUUGAGGCAACCGAAGAUGAUUGUACGAUGUCUGGAGAGACUGAGAACGUGGAGACAGGGACUGUACUUGUAGAAUAUGUCCAUGCUGGAGAAGACGUGGGGUUUGUACACACGGAUGGCUCGAAAGAAGAUCCAUUUCUCAUGGAACAUCUUCAGGCUGGUGCAACCUGCUUAAGGUCUGAGGAGAUGGAUAUCUCACAGGCACAGCUGACCUUGGAGAAGCAUCGCAAGGCUGAAGAUGCUGUAUGUUACGGAGAAAUGGAGAAUGUUAAAGAAGAUAAAGCUGUAGUAAAGGACCCCCAUGCUGAAGAAGUCUUCUAUGCGACUAAAAAUACGGAGAACUCGCAGACAGAGCCAGCUCCACCAUAUCUCUAUGCCGAAGAAGUAGCCAUGGAGUCUGGAGAGGUGCAGGACUUCCAAAAAACUCUAGCACCUUUGAAGGACUGCCAGGCUGAACAACACUGCCUGAUAGCUGGAGAGAUGGAAAACUUGCAGUCAGAGCUGGCUGCAGGAGAUCCCCAAACAGGAGGAGCUGGUACGGCAUCUAAAGACUUUAAAGAUUUGGAACAAGCUUCAACUGUAGAAGAGGACCUGUGGGCUGGAAAAAACAGUUUCAGACCUGAAGAGGUGCAACAGGAUGCAGGAGUGGCUCCUGAAGCUGGAGUAUCUUACAUUGGGCAUGAAGAGUUCUCAAGUGGAGAGGCAGGGCAGCAGAGUGCUCAAUUGCUGGUCAAGACCCAUAUUUGUUCGGAGAAUGGAAACAUUGAAAGGUCAUAUCCUGAAGAGGCUGAAAAGGCGGAUGCUGGGGAGAUGGUCUCCACAGACUCCUCUUCAUUGUCAUUCCAAAGUGAGUUAGCUGGGUCAUCUGGAGGUUGCAAAGGGAAGACUCAAAAGUGCGUGAAGUGCACGGGCAAUAUUGCAUUCUCAGGCCACCUAGAGAGGAGGUGCACAUGCGAGACAUUCAGACGAGACUUGAAGAGGCCUCGUCACCUGGCCUGGCAUCGGAAAAGCCACUUGAUGACGAGUUCACUCUCCUUUGAGGCUCGUGGUAAGGAGUUGCCCGAGAGACACAUGAAGAGCGAUCGGGGUGAAAGGAUGUUGGCAUGUGCAAAGGAAUUCGGGAUAAAAUCGAGCCUCGUCUCUCAAUUGAGAAUCCACAUUGGGGAAUGGCCUUUAAAAUGCAGCCAUUGUGGGAAAGGCUUCAUGAUCCCAUCUGUGCUUAAGAUUCAUGAGAGGACGCACACCGGUGAGAGGCCGUACGUGUGCGCGGUGUGCGGGAAGGCCUUCGCGCAGAGAAGCACCCUCGGCAGCCACGCGGCGACGCACAGCGCGACGCAGGCCUUCGUGUGCGAGGAGUGCGGCAAGAGCUUUGCGCGCGCGACGGGGCUGGCCGCUCACCGCAGAACCCACACGGGCGACUGGCGCCUCGAGUGCGGCUUCUGCGGCAAAGGCUUCUCCAACGCGGCGCUGCUCAGGACCCAUGAGCGCAAGCACACGGGCGAGCGUCCCUUCGAGUGCGACGCGUGCGGCAAGGGCUUCAAGACGAAGGGCGCCCUCAAGGAACACGGACUGACGCACACGGGGGAGCGUGGCCACGCGUGCGCGCAGUGCGGGCGCCGCUUCUCGCAGCGCUCUGCGAUGAAGCGGCACCUGCUGACCCACAGCGGCGAGCGGCCGUACGUGUGCGCGGAGUGCGGGAGGAGUUUCAGGCAGUCGCGCAGUCUGGCCGUGCACCGGCGCACGCACACGGGGGAGCGGCCGUACCCGUGCGACGAGUGCGGGAAGAGGUUCCGGGCGUCGAAGACUCUGGCGAAACAUCGACGCGUACAUGCGAGGGGGAGCAGCUUUGCUAAAGUAGAGAGGCAGGGUGAGGCGGUAGUGCCUGAACGUAUGGCACGUUCUGAAGAAGAGGAGCUUUUCUCACACCCAGGUCACACGUAAUGGACUUCUCCCAGCAACUUUGACACCAGAUCAGGCUCGUCUACUUCAAGGAGAAAGCCUGCGUAUGCCUGGCUUGGUAUUUGAGUGAUAACCAUAGGGAGAAGUCUAUUUCAUCGUGACACACUAAACAUAUGCAACACAAACACGUGCAGUGCAACAACACGGAAUACAAUUAAUAUGCUGGUGGACUGUGGGUAAUCAAAUUUAAUAGACCGGAAUUUACCUUGCUACCAAAAAAUAAAGCAACAUGUUCAUCAGGAAUACUGUUUCCCAGAUGCGUGUUUUUGAGCAGGA